CAAAACUCCCCAUUAUAUGACACACAAAACAUUUCUGAAAUUUUAUCACUUACAUCCCUAGAUUGUACCGCACCAUGGAGGAGAUUUCCAAGCACACCAUACAUGAACAAGAUAUUGUAGAGAAGAUGAUAUUAUCAAUAGGAAAGAAAUUUGAAAGAAUUGUUCUUAGAGGUGCCUAUGAGGACAUAUUAGCAUUGUUCAAGAAAUUGAAGAAAAAAGAACAAAGUCCUCAACAUUAUUAUCAAGAGCAAUAUGAUCAAUAUCAACCUUCAGCUCCUCCAAUUCCACCAGAUUCCGCAGAAUUAUUUGAUUAUUAUUGUUCUUUUGAAGUACAUGAUUGUUAUGAACAAGUUGAUUUUGAAGGGAAGGGACUAGUGGACAAUGUUUAUGUUCCUUUGUUAGAAAAAGUUUGCAAUAUUCAUCCUUCAUUGUUGGAGUGUCAAAGGAAAAGGACUUAUAAGUAUUCAGGUUGGGCUUUUAAUGCACUUGGAAGGGUAUCGCACUUUUUAGAGACAACAAAAUUGGAAGAAAUGAAUGUGGAUGCAUGUGAGUGCCUUCAAAUGUUGUGGGAUGAAGUUCAAGUCUUUGGGUUUGAGUUGUCAUGGCUUGCACCCCAAGUAGAGUUUGCUUUGAAUAUGGAGAAAUUCAUGAGGGAAGUGGAGAAGCUUGAGGAGGAAAAGAAGACCAUAUUCAUGAGGAUUCAAGAGUUAAGGAUGAAAUUUAAAGAGGAAUUAUAUUUUUUGUAUAUCUAAAAUUCAAUAGCGUGUAAAUAUUAGGGUUUAUGAUUUAAAGAACAAAAUUUAUUAAGUCUAGCUAUUUGUCAUAAGUUGUAAUGCUUCUUGUUUCAUUUU